AUGAGUCCCGACACGAGGAGAACAGUACAUAGUAAAUGUGGCACACUUCGGAAGCACCCUGCUAUGCCUCGUAGACGAUAUCGCCGGGUGUCAGACGAAGAUCGUGAUAGAAUAAUUACUCAAUAUGAAGCUGGAGAGGAUUUUAUUUUCACUGCUGCCGAGUUACGAAUUCCAAGAACCACAGCUUAUGAAAUAAUUCGCAAGUUUGUGGAGACAGGAGAAAGACGGGGCCGACAUGGAGGAGGAGAACCACCUGUGCUGGAUGACGAGGCGAAGGACUUUUGGGUGAUGCUUGUUGAGGCUACACCAACGAUCACCAUUAGAGAACUUAACCAUACACUUCGGCAAACAUUUCCAAACAAACCACACGUAUGCAACAUGACUGUUUCUAGGGCUUUGGAUGGCGAGCUUAUAACCCUGAAACAGGUACACAAUGUACCGGCUAACCGCAAUUCAGAGGACGUGAAUGCCGCUCGUGUAUCGUUAUCUCAGUACAUGUAUGAGGAUGGCAUUCAACAACCUCGUGUGUACGUAGAUGAAACCGGCUACAACCUGUAUACGUGUAGGACCUACGGCCGGGCUCCACGGGGACAACACGUCAACACGAUCGUUGCAGGACAGCGUGGCAGUAACGUGACAUUGAUAGCAGCUAUCUACACUCUGGUAAGCCUAUUCUAUUACGAAAUUCAUGUAAUAUCUGUGACAAAGGAAGUAUUGAAAAACUUCAUGACCUCGCUGGAUUUUGUGCUAGGUCCUGAGGCUGCUGUGAUUUUAAUGGAUAAUGCACCAUGUCAUGCAGGAAUUGAACAGGAAUUUGAGGAUCGUGUCAUCAAGAAGCUUCAUCCACAGUCACCUUUCCUAAACCCUAAUGAGAAUUGCUUCUUAGUACUGAAAGCCACUGUGAAACGACAACUGAACAACAAAGCUGAUCGUUGA